AUGCCCACUGUGGGUAACUGUCGAGCAUGUGCUCAGCAGUUACCGUUACCGAAUAAAUUGGUAAUGAUGUUACGUUGGAUACGUUCAUAUUGUUGGUCACUUGAAAAUUUAAAUAAAUAUGUUUUAUUUAUUGAUGAUGAUUAUUUACUUAAUUUAGAUAAUCUUUUAAAUUAUUUAUAUUCAAUUGAUAAUACAAAAUUGAGUGUACAUGAACGACGAACAUUUAUUUCAGGUUAUUUAUAUGAUUCAAGUCGUCCAAGACGAUUUAUUAAUGAUCGAUGGUAUAUUUCGUAUGAUGAUUAUCCGUAUGAUAAAUAUCCACCCUAUUUAACAGCUGGAUCAUCAUUAUACACAAAAAUAUUUCGUUUUGAUGAUAUUUAUAUGGGUUUAUUAGCGUAUUCAAUGAAAAUAAAAUUACGUCAUAAUGAAUUAUUUUCUUCAUAUGCUUCAUCAACAUCUGGCAAUGAUACUGAAUCACUGAUAUCAAAAUUAAAAUCAUUUCUUACCGUUGAAGAUACUGAACAAAUGUCAAAAUUAAGUCAAACAAUUUGUUCACACGGUUAUAGAGAUGAAAAUCUUGUACAUCUAUGGAACUAUUUAUAUAAAACAAAUGUGACAUUAAAUAAAUAG